AUGACCCUUCCGCGUGUGUUCAUGGACUUUACGGUCGCCGAUGCGCCGCUCGGCCGCGUUGUGUUUGAGCUCUUCUCAGAUGUCGUACCCAAGACUGCCGAGAACUUCCGCGCUUUGUGCACUGGCGAGAAGCGGAACAAGGCUGGCGAGCCGCUCGCGUACAAGGGCUCACCUGUCCACCGCGUCAUCGAGGGAUUCAUGCUACAGGGGGGAGACUUUACGAAGCGGAACGGGUCGGGUGGCGAGUCGAUCUACGGCGGCAUGUUCGCGGAUGAGCGCCUCGAGGGCGACGGAACAGAGGUUAACCGUGAUGGGCUCCUCGUCAUGGCCAACCGUGGACCUGACACCAACGGGUCGCAAUGGUUUGUGACGCUCGCGCCUGCGCCACAUCUCACUGGCAAGCACGUGGUGUUUGGACGCGUCGUCUCAGGCAUGGACCACAUCAAGACCAUUGGCGCGCUGCCGACAGACGGUCGCGACCGCCCUUUCUCGCCCGUCAUCGUCUCACACGCUGGCGAACUCGAGCUGCGCCGCCCUGCCCGCGCAAUCUCACCCUCUCGUUCCCCUACACGCUCGCGCUCUCGCUCUCCCCGCCGCAGGGGCAAGUACUCGGACGACUCGGACUCGGACGACGAGGAAAGGCGUCGACGUCGACGUGCGCGGAAGGAGAGACAUCGUGAGGAACGUAGGGAACGGCGUGAACGCCGCGACCGCAGGGAGGAGAAGGACAAGAAGGAACGCCGCCGCCGUUCCGUAUCCGAGAGUAUCAGCGAACUCGACGCGCGUCUUGAGGCCGAGGAGAAAGCGCGACUUGGAGAGGAGCGCGCGAUCAAGGAGGAGGAGAUGAAGGCACGGCGCGAGCGUGAGCAGAAGGCUGUUCGCGAGUCGGGAGGUGUCGUCUACAAGGGCCGCGGGGCUAUGCGGUACCGCGACCCAGAGUCGCGGCCGACGAACUACAACCCGCGUGGACAGGAUACGAGGGCCCGUUACCGCCGCGGUGAUGGCGGUGGUCGGUGGGAGCAGGACGGCGGACGCGGGGGUGCUCCCCGAGGCGACGACGAGGAGAGGAGAGAGCGCGAUCGUGACGACAGGGGUGGACGACGCUGGGGUGCGGACAAGUGGGAGCGCUCCGCGCCUGCGUUUGAGCGCGCGACCGACCGGUGGGACGCGGGACGCAUGGGUGACGGCGCGAGUGCAGCGAGGGAAGGUUUGGCUGCGCGACUCAGUGCUCGUCGGACCAGUGGAGAGGGGCUGGACUACGGGGCUGAUGAGGUGCAGCGCGCAGUUGAGGUUGAGCGCGACGUUGUGCGUGAUGGCGGAGAAGGACGCAAUGCGCGUGCGGCGGCUUGGACUGCGACGAGGCGCGAAUCACCCCGCCGCUCCCACAUCGCGUCUCCCUCAAAAAGCGAACGGGAUGAGCGUCGCUCACCUUCCCCCGGGGGAAGCGACAUGGAACUCGAUAGAGACUAG